GGGGACCUGAUUUUUAGAGUCUAGAAUUUGAUGAGAGAACCUGUGCUUACUUGGUGUGUACCUCUUGAACUGCUUUGCAGCCAUCCUCUUCCAGUGUCUGCCUUUCUAAAAACACAAGUCAAACUUUAUACCUGUAGGGCUUGUGCUGGAAAAGAUGAAAUGGGGAAAAUGGUGUCAGUAAUUAACACUGUGGAUACCUCCCAUGAGGACAUGAUUCAUGACGCCCAGAUGGACUACUAUGGCACCCGCCUGGCAACCUGCUCAUCAGACAGGUCUGUCAAAAUCUUUGAUGUGCGCAAUGGAGGGCAGAUCCUUAUCGCCGACCUCAGGGGUCAUGAGGGUCCUGUGUGGCAAGUGGCCUGGGCUCACCCCAUGUAUGGCAACAUCCUGGCAUCGUGCUCCUAUGACCGGAAAGUCAUUAUCUGGAGAGAGGAAAACGGCACCUGGGAGAAGAGCCACGAGCAUGCAGGACACGACUCCUCAGUGAACUCGGUGUGCUGGGCCCCCCAUGACUACGGCCUGAUCCUGGCCUGUGGGAGCUCAGAUGGGGCCAUCUCCUUGCUGACUUACACCGGGGAAGGCCAAUGGGAAGUAAAGAAGAUCAACAACGCUCACACCAUUGGCUGCAAUGCCGUCAGCUGGGCCCCUGCUGUUGUACCUGGAAGCCUCAUAGACCAGCCAUCGGGGCAGAAACCCAGUUAUAUCAAGAGGUUUGCAUCAGGUGGCUGUGACAACCUCAUCAAGCUGUGGAAGGAGGAGGAGGACGGCCAGUGGAAGGAGGAGCAGAAGCUAGAAGCGCACAGUGACUGGGUUCGAGAUGUGGCCUGGGCCCCCUCCAUUGGCCUGCCCACCAGCACCAUCGCCAGCUGCUCCCAGGACGGUCGUGUGUUCAUUUGGACCUGUGAUGAUGCCUCAAGCAAUACGUGGUCCCCUAAAUUGUUGCACAAGUUCAAUGAUGUGGUGUGGCAUGUGAGCUGGUCCAUCACAGCCAACAUCCUGGCUGUCUCCGGUGGAGACAAUAAGGUGACCCUGUGGAAGGAGUCGGUUGACGGGCAGUGGGUGUGCAUCAGUGAUGUCAACAAGGGCCAGGGCUCCGUAUCAGCGUCAGUCACAGAGGGCCAGCAGAACGAGCAGUGACAAGACAGGUGGGGCCUGGCUCCCCACCCGCCAGCUCCAGGACUGCCCCUUCCUAGGCCAACUAACCAAACAACUGGGAAGAGCCCCCAACUCCAACAGGAUUAUUUUCCCAGGAGGAGUUACAGAUGCAGCCACAGAUUGAUCAUCUGCCUUAACACGAUCGGAGAUGCGUUGUAAUCUGCUGUCCAGCUGAAAGCACUCAUGAGGAAGAAACUACAAGUGAUGUUCAAAUCUAUUUUAAACAACUAUUUUGGGCCAUUUUUAUGUACCUUUGGGUUCAGGCAUUAUUUGGGGGGGGUUUGUUUCCAAAGUAACUAAAUAAAGUCAUAUUGCUUAUAA